AUGUCUGCGCCUACAAACCAGUCGGACAACCGGCUUCCAACAGGUCCAAACGGGGCUCGUCCAAUGAAGAUACGCCGUCCAAAGAUGGCCGACCCUUUAGUGCGACCGAAGAAAAAACCUGCAUCAAGACCAGCUGCUCCUACGCCAUCGGUACAUGCAACAGCUUCCAAAUCGUUGCCACCGCGGCCUGCUCCCCAGCCAAUCAUUUCAGUCCCUGCGAGAGACGACUUGUCAACGAACGGUUUCAGCGGUCCCUUACUAUCUGAAACGUAUGUGGACUAUCCAAUAGUGACAACAAAGCGAGCAUUGCGCGAAGGUUUGAAACACCAUGUCGCGAGGUUUGCUUCCAAGAAAAACAUAGAUCCGCGAGAUGAAUCGCAGUUCACUCGUCCCGUGCGACUCCAGCGUCGGGAUCCUCGUGCAAAAACCCAUGCAACGAACGAAGAGAAGUCUCAAAACCCCGAGAAGUUCCUAGACCCCCAACAAUUGGACGAAGCAGAACGUGAAGAGUUGGAAGCCAAGAAAGCUGCCCGCGAGAAGGAGCGCGCUGAGAACCUUGCUCAGAUUGCCCCGUCUGCCGGAUCAGCACCGAAGCGGGCGAACGUACCGAAACAGAAGACCCAACAGGUUUACAAGGCAGAAAUGACACCCGAAGAAGUUGCCAGAACACGGAUCAAAUACGAGGAAGCUUUGCCUUGGCAUCUGGAAGACUUUGAUAACAAGAACACCUGGGUAGGGAACUACGAGGCCGCUUUGUCAGAAACACACGCAAUAUUCGUACUUGAGAACACAGGAAAGAUGAGAAUGAUCCCGGUGGAGAAAUGGUACAAAUUCAAUGUCAAGAACCAAUUUAAGGCGUUAACAAUCGAGGAGGCCGAGAAGUUCAUGGCGAAGAAAAUCAAAGAUCCGAGAUGGUUCAUGGAAAAACAACAGGAACAGGCAGAAAAGAAGGAACUGGAAAGCUUUGCAAAACAGCGUAAAGUUUACGCUGGAAAACAGGGCACUCCAGGUGGUGGGGAAGGUUUGGAAGCAGAUGAAAUGGAUUUCGAGGAGGACAGGUUUGCGGACGACGAAGAGCAUGAUGAUCUCUUUAAUGAAGACGAAGAGGCAAAGACAGCCGAAAAGCGAAUCAAGAAAGAUCAGCUGAAGGCGAACGUCUUCGAUCUUAAAGAUGAGAGGGACUACGAAGAGGAGGAGCGUAAGGAGAGAAAGGAAAAAGAAGCCAGACGUGUGCAAGGAAAGGGCGUUCGGAAAGCGCUCAAGAAGAGAGAGAAGAACUAUGACUAUAGUAGUGGUUCCGAUGUGAAUCCAUACUCCGACGAUGAGAGCUCCGAUGAAAGCGAGGAAGAGCGGGCAAAGGAAGAAGAACGGAAAGCCGAAGAGGAAAGAAACAAAAAGGAGUCCGCUGCAUCGACGAAGAGUGGUAGCACGCCUUCGGGUCGCCCUAAGCAUACAAACCCCUUGAAAAAGGGCACAUCCACGCAACCUCGGAAGCGAUUGGGAUCUCCUAAUGCUUCAGAUGCCAGUGGCACGGAUACCUCUCGCAAGAAGACGAAGAGUAAACACCCUUCAACUCAGCAACCUACAUCGCAACCGGAUUCUCGUCCUCAUUCCCCCGCCGCACCAUCUUCGGCACCGGCUGGAAAGAAACGCGUAAGAAAUGUUCCUGGCGGUGGUGCAGGGUCUACCAGCGACGUUGAUGGAGGCGCAGCUUCGGGAGGGGAAAUGAGCGAGAGUGGGAAGACGAAGAAGUUGAAACUCAACCCCCCUACCUCUUCACAGACCGGGACACCCCAAGGGUCCAGAGUAGGUAGUCCAACGGCUAUAGGAAAUCGAGGUUUCACGGGCAGUCGUGCUAGUAGCCCGGACGGGGGAGCAAGCCAAACUCGAGUAUCUACUCCAGUCCCUUCUGGUGGCAGCCAGGGGUUUCCGACACCAGUCGAAAUCCAUGCUGCCAUCCCCGCAUCUGGUAUUCUUAGCAGUGACCUGCUAAAGAUUUUCCGUCCUCGGAUCGGCGAAUCCAAGGAAAACCAUCGGAGAUUUAUUGCAAUCGUCAAAGACGUGAGUGUCUACGGCAAAGAAGAUAGGCUGUUGCGGCCCGGGAGUCUGAACAGUUAA